AUGGCAGAUUAUAAUGAAAGUUAGCAGCUUUAAUUAGAAGAUGAUUUUUGUAAAAUUUUCAACAUGGUAGGUAAAUAAUAACCAAAUAACAUAAACAUAAAUGAAUUAGAAACACUGAAUAUGAGGAGUGUAAAAUAUUUACAAAUUUCAUUAAAAUCAUUAAAUUUGAAUUCGAAAUAAUUUUAGGAUAAAUCAAUAAAAUUGAAUGUAAAAUUACCAAUGAUAAGAAAUAAUAUAAUUGAAUAUCAAAUACAUUAGACUUAUGAUAUAGGAAAAGAUGGGAAAUAGUUUAUGUUUAAUGCUUAAUUUAGAUCUAAUUUCUAAUUGACAGAAAAUAGUUUAGGACAAAUAAAUUCAGCUGUAAUUUAUUUUUAAGUAUUUUCUUUGGAUGUCGAAAUUGGUAAAGGUGAAUUUUUACUUUCUUCAAUGAUAAUAGAUAGAUUGAGAUGUUUUACUUAUAAGAUUCCAAUUUAAUAAUUAGGUUAGGUGUAAUCUAAAAACAAUAAGAAGGGAAAAAUGGAAAAGUUAAUAGAGACAGGAUAGAUUGAAUUUGAAGUGUAAUUGUAGGAUAUUGAUGCAAGAAGUUAGAAUGUAGAUUAAUCUCCAAAGAAGGAAAUUGAUAUAGAAGAGCAAGUCUAAAAGAUUUAUGAAAAGGUAACUGAAUAAAAUUAGAAGGAAAAAGAAAGAAAGAGAUAGAUGAAAUAAUAAUAAGAGGAAGAAAUGAAUUAACAGUUAAUUUCUUAGCUUUAAACAUUCUAGCUUUAUUUAAAUGUAGGAAAGUUGGUUCAUUUGAAUUAAGCUCUUUGUUAAGAGAAAAUUGAUGAUGAGUAAAUUAAUUUAUUUCUAAAAUUUAAAUCAUAUGGAACAUAAGAAAUAAAUUAAACUCCUGUCAAUUGGAAUACAUCUAAAUGGUUUAUUAAUUAUACAGUGAGAUGUCCAAUUACAAUAACAUCUUUGAAUAAAAUGGAGAAUAUUCCUUGGAUUUUAGAGUUAUGGGCUAAACAUACUUAAAACAAUUAAGAUAUUUUAGUAGGAAUAGCAAGAUUGUAAUUGGGAGCAUUGAAUGCACUAAUACUUAAUUAAAAUCCAUUGGUUGUUAUUUAAACUCUUCGAAAUAAUCUAUCUCCAUAAAUAAUAUUUGAUGAAGACAUUCCAUUUGAAGAUUUAAGAACUAAAUAAACUAUGGCUAUAAUUAAAAUUAAAUUGGCUUUUGGAACAAAUCCUUAAAUCAAUAAAUUAGUAAAUACUGAAAUCACCUAUGUUGAUGAAUCAAUUGAUGAAGAACCUGAAGACGUUCCUAUUGACAAUGUUAAUGAACCUGAGAAACAACCUGAACCUCCACAAAUAGAAUAACCUAUAGUUUAUGAGAAGAUCCCUUUAUAAGAAUGUCUUAUUACUACUCUAAAUAAAAUCAGUUAAACUAUACGUAUUUUACCUAAAGAAUAAUACAUAUUAAUUGAUGAAUUCAAUGAUAUUGUUUUGUAACUUUGUGGUUUAAAUUUUAAUAAGAGAAUGAUUACUUCACUUUCACAAUACAUUUAAUUUGAUUAAUCUACUUUAGAUUGGCAUAUAUUUUUAUAAAGCUGGUAAGCAUUCACUAGUUAUAAAAAAUAAUUGAAAUUAAAUUAUACUAAAAUAUAUGCAAAUUUUUAUCAAUAAGCUUUGAAAAUAUUCCCAAGUAUUAAUGCUUUAGAAAGAGAGUUGCCACAUGGUAAUUUUGGAUUGGUUAAUAGAUAACAACUGAAAGAAUUUUUAUUAGCAUGUAAAGGAGGAAAUAUACCUUCAGGUCCUUCUUUUUCAGCUAUUACAGUGAAUUCUGUUUUUGAAACAUUGGAAGUUAAUAGUGAUGAUUAAGUAUAAAUCUCAGAUUUAGUGGAUUAUUUAAGAUAAUUUGAAGUAUAAGGGGAAAUAUCAAAGAUAUAUGUUCCAAUAUUUUAAUUAGCUUCAAUUAUUGAAAAGAAUAUUUAAAUUUGGAUUCGUAACAACAAAUAAUAAAUGGAUGAGUACAUUAAUAAUAGGGAAUUUUAAUAGGAAUUGAGAGCUUAAAAUAUUAUGGAAAUAUUUUAAGAUUUAGGAUUAAAUUGUACCUUAUUAGAUGCAGUGACAAUUUUAAAUUAAAUUGGAGAUUACAAUAAUGUUGAAAAUUAAGAUGGAUAAAAGAUUUGUACAGAGAUUGCUUUUUGGAAAUAUAUUGAUUGGUUAUUUUAAAAUGAAAUUGUUGUAAAAGAACCUUCUAGUCCUAUAGCAGUACCAUAACCAAAAGUUAAUGGGAUUAAAAAACCAUAACCAAUUGAUUUUUAAUUUUUAGAAACACAAUUAAUAAUAGAUUUUAUUUAACUUACAUAUUUAGAGGGUGAGAAAUAUUAAUUAUAAAUUUAAUUGGAAAAUACAGGUUUAAGUGUUACAACACCUAAGACCUAAAUAUUAAAAGCGAAUUUUUAUGAAAAUGGUUAAAUUCCUCUAAAUAUGAGGGCUAUUUGUACAUUAAGUGAUAAAUUUUCUCAUGAUUUUAGAAAGACUUUACAUGAUAGAAUGGAAUUUUCAGGUUUAAGUAUAAUUCUGUUUAAAGAUAAUAAUAUAUUUAGAGGAAGUUUAGCUAGUGAAGAGAUUCUAACAAUAGAAAAUGAAAAAGAGACAUUUUUUGUAUAAUUAUUUGAUGAAGUAAAAGGAAUGGAUGCAACUUUAAUAGAAUUUAAGAUGAGUAUUAAAUAGUAAGUUAAAGAUGAAAAACCAUAGGAGAGAUGGUAACUAUUUAAUGCUGAAGGUCAUAUUCAAUAAGAGGCUUAAAUAAGUUAAGAGGAAAUUUUAAAUAUUCUGAAACCUGAAAUUAUGCAUACAUUUAGAAUUAAUAUCAAAUAAAUAAAUUGGUAUAAGAAUUUGAAGUUUAGUUCUUUAAAAGUGAAAGUAUCUCUAACUACUGAUAAGAAGAUAUUAAAAGAAGCAAUACCAUGUUUUACAAGUGAUGAUUUUAACGAUGAUUUUGAUAUCAUUGUUGAAUAUCAAGUGAAAUGUGAUUAAGUAUUAGCAACUUAAUUAUCUAAAUGUCAUUUAUAAAUCUAGCUUCUUUUGAAUUGUAAUUCAUAAAUCAAAUAAUUAAUUGGUUAUUUACCAAUAAAACCAUUAUUUGAAGAAAGCAAAGUUACAGGAGAAAUUCCAUUAGAUGAUUGUGUAACUGGAGCAUUUAUAUGUACAUUAAAUCUAGAUACUGUUUAUAGUACUGAUCAAAUAGUAGAAUAAAUUGUAUAAGUAGAUGAGAGACUGAAAUUUUAAAAAAAGAUUAUAAUUCGUAUAAUGGAAUUAAUUUUACUUGAUUACAAAAAUGAAUUAGGAGAGAUUUAUUUUAUGUUAGUAGAUCCUUUGAAUAUGUCAGAAUCUUAUGAAAUUAGACCAAAUACUCCUUCUAUAUUGAAUACUUAAGAUUGUAUUUUUAUUAUAUCUGAGAAUGAAUUAUAAAGUGAUGUUGUAGAAUUAUAAGUUAGAUCUGUAAUGUUGGGAGAAGAUAAAAUAAUAGGAAAUGUUUCUAUUUAAUUGAAAUAAUUGAAUAAUGAAGGUAUAUUUGGUGAAAGCAAUUACUUAAGGGUUGAUACAAAGGCAUCUUCUUUAGAAAUUGCUGCUAGAGUAGGAGUUAAAGUGAUUUAUGUUUGUGCUAAGGAGACAAGUAAUGAUAAUUAUUUAAAUGCUUUUCGAUAUCCAGCAAUUAAAGAAUUAGAGAAUUAAUAAAAUAUUGAAUUGUACUUGAGAAAUAAGUUAUAAUUCUCAUAUUCAGAAAUAAAUUUUUUAACAUCUUUGAUAAAAAAUGAUGUUUUCUCCACUUUAAUUUUGAAACCUCUAGAAUUAAAAGUUGAACAAUCUAUAAUUGUUGAUUUAUUGAAAGAGUUUACAUUUUAUGAUUCAAAUUAAUUAAGAUAUGUAAAUCCAAACAUUUUAGCAACAAUAUUUGGAUAUUUUAAUAUGCCAGAUUUUAGGGAUUAAUUUAUAUAAUAAAUUCAUAAAAGAAUGCCUAAUGAUUUUUAAUGUCUCGCUAAUCAAUUUGAUUAUUUAACAUUUUUAGCUCAUUUAUAAAAAUGUUUACCUAAUGUUACACCAUUAUUUAAAAUAGAUAUGUAAGGACCAAUAUAACAUGAAGUUUUAUAAGUAAUUAAAAAGAGUCCAAUUAAACAUUAAGAAGAAAAGGUGCCACAAUUUAAUUAUAAACAGUUGCAUUUUCAUUUUGAAUGUGGAAAAAAUUUAAAUGCUUUAACAAAGAGAAUUCCAAAUUCUAUACUGAAAUUUCCCUAAUUAGAUUAAGAAUCAAAAGUAUUUCAUUGUUCAGCUAAUCCAAAUUAUGAUGCAUUGAUAAGUGUGGAUGUUUAAAAAUAUUAAAAUUUAUAAGUAUAGAUAUUUGAUAAAAAAUAUUCAGUAGAUGAUAAAGAAUUUUAUAAAUAUAAUUUAAUUGGUUAAGCUACAAUAUAUUUUGAUUAGAUUAGUUAAUAAUAAUUUCCAUAAGUGAUUUAAUUAUAAUUAGAAAAUUAAGAACAUAGUUUUAAUUAAACAAGUAUAAUUCCUUAUCUUAAUAUAAAAAUUUGGACUGAUAAUGAAGAGAUAGUGCCUUAAAUUGUUAAAAAGUAGUCUCCAACAAAGACUGUAGUUUAAACAUCAAAAGAAACAGUACGUAGAUUAGUAUUUGAUUAAGAUAAUAAUGAGAAUGAUUCAGGUAAAGAUAAUGCAACAAUUAAAAAUUUGGAGAAAGAAUUAGAAGAUCAUUUAAAAUCAUUGAAAAAAAAGAGAUAAGAAUAAACAUAAACAGAAUAGAAUGAUGAUGAGAAAGCAAAAGAAUAAACUAAAUCUUAAUAAGAAGGUGAUGGAAUUAGUAAUUAAGGUAGAAAAUAAUAGCCUAAGAAGAUUGAGAAAAUGAAACCUUAAGCAUAUUCUUCUUCUGGUUCAUCUUCUUAAUAGAAUCCACCAAAGAGUUCUUCUUCAGGGAAUAGAUUAGAAAAAAUUGAUGAAAAAUUACCAAUUAAUGGAGCUGAGUUGAAGAGAAUAGAAAAAAUACUUAGAUUGAAUAAUUUACCAGUUGAUAAAUAUGAUUCUCUUUAAGAUGAUUCAGAUUAUGAAUGA